AUGGCCGAGAAGAAGCAGUCUGGGAAGGCGGCAGAGGACGAAGAGGUCCCUGCCUUUUUUAAAAACCUGGGUUCAGGCAGCCCAAAGCCCCGGCAGAAAUUCUGUGGCAUGUUCUGCCCGGUGGAAGGGUCCUCGGAGAACAAGACCAUCGACUUCGAUUCGCUCUCGGUGGGCCGGGGCUCGGGGCAGGUGGUGGCUCAGCAGCGGGACGUCGCCCACUUGGGCCCCGACCCGCAGCCGCCGUACUCCCGGCAGGGCCGGCGCGCCGGCGGGGAGCCAUCUGUUGAAUCGGGCCGGAAGGUGGAGAUCCGAAGGGCCUCGGGCAAGGAAGCCCUGCAGAACAUCUACGACCAGAGUGAUCGUCUUCUGAUCAAAGGAGGUAAAAUCGUUAAUGAUGACCAGUCAUUCUAUGCAGACAUUUACAUGGAAGAUGGGUUGAUCAAGCAAAUAGGAGAAAACCUGAUUGUGCCAGGAGGUGUGAAGACCAUCGAGGCCCAUUCCCGGAUGGUGAUUCCUGGCGGGAUCGACGUCCACACCCGCUUCCAGAUGCCCGAGCAGGGGAUGACUUCGGCAGAUGACUUCUUCCAAGGCACCAAGGCAGCCCUGGCUGGCGGCACCACCAUGAUCAUUGACCAUGUGGUGCCGGAGCCUGGGACGAGCCUGCUGGCUGCCUUCGACCAGUGGAGGGAAUGGGCCGACAGCAAGUCCUGCUGCGACUACUCUCUGCACGUGGACAUCACCGAGUGGCACAAGGGCAUCCAAGAGGAGAUGGAGGCCCUGGUGAAGGACCACGGGGUAAAUUCCUUCCUCGUGUACAUGGCUUUCAAAGACCGCUUCCAGCUGACGGAUUCCCAGAUCUACGAAGUACUGAGCGUGAUCCGGGAUAUCGGUGCGAUCGCCCAGGUCCACGCAGAGAACGGCGACAUCAUCGCAGAGGAGCAGCAGCGGAUCCUGGACCUGGGCAUCACGGGCCCCGAGGGACAUGUGCUGAGCCGGCCCGAGGAGGUCGAAGCUGAAGCCGUGAAUCGUUCAAUUACCAUCGCCAACCAGACCAACUGCCCCCUGUACAUCACCAAGGUGAUGAGCAAGAGCGCGGCCGAAGUCAUCGCCCAGGCCCGGAAAAAGGGAACCGUGGUGUACGGCGAGCCCAUCACCGCCAGCUUGGGGACCGACGGCUCCCACUACUGGAGCAAGAACUGGGCCAAGGCCGCCGCCUUUGUCACCUCCCCGCCCCUGAGCCCUGACCCGACCACCCCGGACUUUCUUAACUCCCUGCUGUCCUGUGGAGACCUGCAGGUGACCGGCAGUGCCCACUGCACUUUCAACACUGCCCAGAAGGCCGUGGGAAAAGACAACUUCACGCUGAUCCCGGAGGGCACCAACGGCACCGAGGAGCGCAUGUCCGUCGUCUGGGACAAGGCCGUGGUCACUGGGAAGAUGGACGAGAACCAGUUUGUGGCCGUGACCAGCACCAACGCAGCCAAAGUCUUCAACCUUUACCCCCGGAAGGGCCGCAUUGCUGUGGGAUCCGACGCCGACCUGGUCAUCUGGGACCCCGACAGCGUGAAAACCAUCUCCGCCAAGACCCACAACAGCGCGCUCGAGUACAACAUUUUCGAAGGCAUGGAGUGCCGCGGCUCUCCCCUGGUGGUCAUCAGCCAGGGCAAGAUCGUCCUGGAAGACGGCACCCUUCACGUCACCGAAGGCUCUGGGCGCUACAUCCCCCGAAAGCCCUUCCCUGAUUUUGUUUACAAGCGUAUCAAGGCGAGGAGCAGGCUGGCGGAGCUGAGAGGGGUUCCUCGCGGCCUGUACGACGGGCCUGUGUGCGAGGUGUCUGUGACGCCCAAGACGGUCACCCCAGCCUCGUCCGCCAAGACGUCUCCGGCCAAGCAGCAGGCCCCACCUGUCCGGAACCUGCACCAGUCUGGAUUCAGCUUGUCUGGGGCCCAGAUCGAUGACAACGUUCCCCGUCGCACCACCCAGCGCAUCGUGGCGCCCCCUGGUGGCCGUGCCAACAUCACCAGCCUGGGCUAGAGUUCCAGGGCCUGUUCCACUGGGGUUGGGGAUGGGGGAUGGGACACCUGAGGACAUUCUGAGACUUCCUUCCUUCCUUCCUUCUUCUUCUUCUUCUUUUUUUUUUUAAGAGCCUGUGAUAGUUACUGUGGGGCAGCCAGUUCACGGGGCUCCCUCAUGGGCCCCGCACUCCGUCCCUCACCCGGAGUCACUGAUUUUGCUCACCCACUUCCCUGCACAUCUGCAAACCUCACACCACGUCUCUCCACCCACCCCUUCCAUGGGACCACAUCCAACACUCAGACAUGCGAGACAGCAAAUCGCCACGAGGGUGUGUUCCACCCCCACCUCUGUACUUGGCAUCUUCCUUUUCGUUGCGAGGGAAGAUAAAGUGAAAUGCCCAGAGCUGCCUUUUUCAUUUUAAAUUAAAAAAACCCCAACAAAACCUUUUUGUUUGUGGGGCUAGGGAGGGGUGGGUCAGGGAGGGGAAGUUUCUUUCUUUUUUUUAAAUUCUACAUCGGAAAGCCUAAUUCAAAAUUACUACAAGGGGUUUGAACUGGACGUCCUGAUGAUGCAACUGUGCAGCCACCAAGCUGACUCAGGGUGGUCGGCAAACUCGUCGCGCCCCCGGCCCCCGGGAGGGUCCCGAGUGUUCACGUCGCCAGCUGCAGCCUUCUGGGUCCACUGGUGGUAAAGGGCAGGUGCUCUUUUCAGCCUAGGUUUUGCUGCGGAUUAAAUCUUUGGAGGAUGCUCUUUUCCUCGCUUUACCGCCCUCCCUCCCCCAUAUCUCUCUAGCUUUUAAUUCAUUUCACAGCUAUUUCUUUCUUUGUGUUCCUCCGGCCCUUGUCUCUGAGACACUGUUUCCUCUCCUUCUCCCACUGCCUUUCAAAUGACCAGGUCUACCCGUCCACUGUGGUCACAGAACCUGCCUAGGAGGAUGUGAGCUUUGCCACCACAUCCGUAGUCACCUGCUGUCCUUGGCCCUGUGAGACUGGUGCUCCCCGCCCACCGUCACGAGGAUACGCGUGCGAGUUUGAGCCUCUGCCCAGGUGCAGGGAAGGCCGAGGUGCCCACCCAUACUGUCCCGCAUGGGCCCAGAAAGACCCUGAGACAGCCCAGAGAGGUGGCAGAGGUCUGAGGCUGCAGAGCCUGAGAGUUCUUCCUUCGAGCAGUGCUAACUGGUCAGACACAUUCAAAUCUGGAAAUUGAGCCUGAAGACCCAAGUGAGCCCACCAGCCCUUCGAGCCAGUCACCAGCUCAGAGUUGUUGAGCUGGUGGGGGUCUGGCUCCAAGACCCUCCUGCGUCCUGGCUUAAGUAUCUUUUGGGGUUCCAGGACAUACUGGGAUUUCUCACUUUGGGGAGAAAAUACUUUUUUUCUUGUCCCCAUUAUUUUUCAAAAGAUACCACACAAUAUAGGAAGGCCUUUUAAAUUCAGAAAAUUCUUGGAAGAGCGGACUUGAAGUCCAUUUUCCUUUGCGAGAGGAAACAGCUGUUAAAUGAGCGAUAUGUCACAUCAGAGCUGUUAUAGGGAGAAGACCUGGCAAAUCCAGCACGGGCCCCUUAGAGACCGAAGGUGAUCUGUGUCAACAUCGUCCCCUCCUUGUUUCAGUGACCCUCGCCACGAGCUGCCUUUGUGACUGUCCUUGUCUGUGCUGAUCUGCGUUGCAUCUCCUUCUGGGUGUGUUUACAGGUUCUCCUGAGCAGUGUUCUGUCCGCAGGCUUCUAGGAAACCACAUCUGCUUCUGUAACGUGCAACACGAAAAAGGGCCAUUCCAUCAUUCCAUGCGUGUCUCCACACAUUUUGCCUUUGGGGUUAUGGUUUGGGUUUAUUUUUUGUCGUCGUCGUUGUUUAUUUGUUAUUUGAGAAAGAAAUUGCACUUGUAAAGAAUAAUUGGUUAACUUAAUAUAUUUGCUUUUUUUUUUUUUUUCACCUGCACUUAGAAAAAAUUUGAACCAGUUGGAAAAAAAUUUUUUUUUGUUUCAAUUCUAAGAAACACUUGCAGCUCUUCAGUGUUCACUUGAGUCUUCCUGCUUUUCCUGUACCAGGUCAUGGUCAUUUCGGUUACUUGGAUUGUUUUCCUAAAGCGACCUACAACCUGAAGAUUUCCACAGGCUGUGUAAGCAUGUUUCCCGUUGGCUUGCUUUGUGUGUCUGUCCAAUGAAUGUCAAAUGUAAAUGCUAAACUACAUCGACAGUGCUCAGAACUGAAUAACUGCAGUGACUUGAUGCUCUAAAACCGUGUAGGCUUUAAUAAUAGAUGGUUUGAACCCUUGGAAUUGUGAUUGUGACCCGUGAGUGGAGGAGCUCGUUGCUAAGGCCGACUCAUCAUCGCGUGUGUAGCCAGAAGAGUACCUUUGUUUUGUAACCACUGUCUUAAUGGCAAAAUACUGAUGGUAAAAAAAACCAAACAAA